AUGAAUCCUAACGGUAUGCUUGCAACAAUGAAUGGUGCAGCAGCAGCUGCAGCUGCAGCUGCUGCUGCUGUAGCUCAUAGCGGAAGUGGAACCGGACCAAAUGGUACCGUUAAUGCAAAUGGUACCGGAGCUGGAAUAUGUGGUAGUGGUGGUAGUGGUGGUUGUGGUGGGACGUCUACAACAAAAAUUGCUGGACGACAGCACUGCUUCCUAUGCGACCUACCUCGUUGGCCAUGGGCUAUGUGCAAUGAUUACAUGGAACCUGUUUGUCGAGGCUGUGUCAACUAUGAAGGAGCUGAUCGGAUAGAAAAUGUAAUUGAGAAUGCACGUCAGUUGAAACGUGUUCACGGAUUUCCAGUAGGCGAAACAUCAACUGCCAUUGCUAGUAGAAAUUUAUCGCAGAAAGAAUGUUUAAUGCAAGCCGGUGCGGGACGAUUUUCUCCAGCUGUGAACCGCGGUGUUAAUCCUGCUACAGUACCACCACCACCAACGGCGGCUGUGCAACAUCAGCAACAACAACAGCAAGCGGUUGCCGCAGCAGCAGUUGCCGCUGCGGCACAAGCUCAAAUGCCGCAAUUACCGCUUAAUCAAUUAACCGAAGCUUUGGUACAACAGCAGCGGUUCAUUUCAUUGGCCGGUAGGCAACCUGGACAAUUUACGGCGGAAGAUUUGCAUGCCUUGCAACAAUUGCAACGGCCAAUUCAUCUUCAAAAUUCUCUUAUGCAACAUGGUCUUCCGAUGAGUGUAUUUCCAAAUUUGGUAACAAAUAGCGUAGCAAGCUUACUACCACCAAAUGCAUCACUUGCUGCUGCUGUUGCAGCAUCACGGAAACGUGAACAUGAUUCAUCGGAUGAUAUUAAACCUGAUGUAUACGGAAAGGUACAACGUG